CAAUCUUAAGCACCCUCCGUUCAUGCUCAAGGUAGAACCGAUAGCUUUUCACCUGUGGCAGCUAUCAGUGCAAAGGGCUCAAUAAGUGAGGCGGACUCUCGCUUUCAAGCCCAACCCGUGAGAUUCAACAUCGGAUCUCUCCGGGUAUACGCUUCAACCAGGUAUUUGGUUGUGUAUCAGUAUCAGACAACGUUCAGCACCGCGAACACGAGGAAGCGCCGGCGCAGACAGCAUUUGGCCUGAACAGCCAUGGCCGGCGGCGAGCAUCAAGAGGAGACUGGACCAGCAAGUCGCAAACACCGGCUACCCUCGCUCAAUGAGGUCCUCUCGCGGAAAACGCGACCUCCUGUGGACCUGUAUAUGUUUUAUCUAUUUCUACAACGCGAGGGCUCGGAAGACAUUCUUGACUUCUGGCUAGAUGUUCACCAGCAUGAACAAUACUGUCGCGCGUAUUUCAAGGACGUCCGCAAGUCGGGGCGCACCAUCAAGGAGGACUGGCCGGAGUACUGGGACUAUGCACGCCGGCGGGGAUCUAUCUACGGGACGGUAGUGGGAGUUAACGGCGGGAGGCGUAAUACGGCGAACGCGGGGGACGUAUUUGGAGAUACGGGCGCACAGGAUGAGAAGGCGGCGCGGAGCCCAAGCCCGAACCCAAACCCGCGGGUGUCAAUGACACCGGGCACAGCGAUUGCAGCAGAUGCGCCGCGGUCGAGCACGCCGUUCUCGCUCUCUGGGCGCACGCCCGCAUUCCUCAACGUUCAUGGCGCGACGCGCGCACCGACGGUCAUCCCGCGAACGAAGCCCAUGACGCGCCAGGACCUGAUUGAGUCCGCGGAGCGCAUCUACUUCCGCUACCUCUCGCCCGCGGGAACGAUCGGCUCUGAUAACAACCACGAGGUCUAUCUUCCACCUUCACUCCGGAUCCACUCUUUCCCACUCAGCAGCGCGCACGAGCCGCGAACGCAGAACGAGUUGAAUCUUAUGGCACAGAUUCCCGACAUGUUUCACGCGCAGAAAGAGUAUGUCUUUCAUGCGAUGGAGCAGGACGCCUUCCCUCGCUUCCUCCGCGCAAAGGCAUUUAGCAACUUGACACCGGUGUCUGCCCUUGUGCGGCUGAUACUCGGGCUGGUCAUCUUGUGGAUUGGGUUGGCCGUCGGUUUCUCGCUCAUCUUCUUGAAUGUCCAUCCAAAGUCCAAGCGGUUCUUCCUUUUCUUACCAUACACUGUCGCCAUUCUGUUCCUAAUAUCACACCAAUACGAGCUGGACCCGAUCCUUAUACUCUUCAACCAAUCCGAAUCUAUACCCUUCCAGCUGGUCAGCAUCGAAGAGCCGUACGUGAAGAAGCUUCUCGUUGGACGAGCGCUAUGGGUCGCUGCGCUCACUGCGGGCUGCACGGUAGCUCUGACAAUGAUUUUUUGGGCAGUCCCUGGGUACCGGUUAUAGCAUUUAUGAUAAAUAUAUGGUGCACCCUUGAUAUGGGACGUUGUAGGUAGCCUCUGGAAUUGUGACACAUCUUUCUGGAAAUUUCUCCCCUUCCGACGUUGCGCUGCUACACUGUUUGUUACCUCUUACUUUAUGAUAUCUUAUACCCCCUUCUUGACCAUCUUCGCUGUCGCUCAUUGCCAGGGAAUGUCGCACUUUGCACUCGUAGAUAUAAGUUGAUUUCUUCCUCUUGCCGUUCGUGGUUCGGCAGCGUUGGAGACUUUCCGCACUCAGAAGCCUAGCCAUUGUGAUAAUCCAUUUACAUUACGCAACAAAUGUGUGAUUCGAG